GUUCGCGUACGACGAAAGACCGUCGUCGGCUCGACUCUGAUCAAAUUGAAAUUUUUUUAACCGUGAAGAGAUCUACAUUUUGUGCAGAAAAUCGCAGGAACCCUCUACUGAAUUCCGGCAGAACCGGAAAAAGUUGUGCAUCCAUUCGCAGCGGAUUGGAAGUGACGGUGGCCAACCGAAGAAACUCUCAGGAAGAUUACACCUUUGAAGUUGGAAGCGAAAAGUUUUGCUUCCUGUGGCAAGAAAGAAACAAGUUGGGAAGAAGCGAAAAAAGUGCCAGCUAUUAUUAGUGGUGUUGUACAGCCAGCUUGAGAGGAAGAGAGAGCCCUCAGUAGCAGCAGCAGCAGCCAGAGUGUGCGUGUGAGUGUGCAUUUUUCUAGUAGGGUAGUGCCGCAGGGGGAGGUUUUCCGGCAAUCGUCGUCAGCGAUAUCGAGAGCCUCUUUUUUCCUACUUCGUCGCAUUUGCCACCAAGGCCGUGUCAGUGGAAAACAAGAAAAAAGAAGAUUGUGGAAGGUUUCAUCUUUUCCUCCUUUUUUUCUUGACGUGUGAGAAAGUUCUUUUUCCUUCGGUUGAGUGAAGCCCCCGAGUGCUCGUAGCAGGAACGGGACGGGCCGAAGAAAGGGAAUAAGAAGAAAAUUAUCGCUUUUUGGAUGAAAAAAUUCGUGAAUUUUCCAUCGGUGACGUCGAAGGAAUAACAUUUUGCGCCUACCUGGCUGCGGAUGAGUAGUGGCAAAAGAAACAGCAGCAGCAGCCUAGCGGAAGGCUUUUCCCCCAGUCCGGGCCACGAACAAUAAGUAUGUCGCAGACAGAUUGCUGAGGAGACGGAUUUUUCUUUUUGGUUCUUUUCGUUCGGAUUUCGGUGCAGACGGCACAGGGCGACGAGAGUAUAGUGUGUCACACCAUCACGUACUCAUACAGACGCACGCACUUACUCCAUCACUGACUCGAGUGUAAGGGCGCUUGGCAGAGACGAUCUUCGAACGACGUCGUAACGCAGAAAAGUGGCCCCCGCGGAACCACAGCCAGAACAAUGCUGCCCACCGUGUGUCCAGUGUGUCAUGGAUCAUUCUAAGUCGAAGCCGCACGAGUGUUACGAAUUUCUCGACCUGAGCGACGUUGAUGAUUGUGUGAAGAGCGCGCUGGCUUCGACCCUGUACACACCGGCUACGGCUGGUGCCGGUGUCGCGGGAGGCUACAAAGGCACUGGUGGCCGCAAGCAGCACCGCACCAGACGCAGGCAGUCGAACGCAUCUUCCGUGAUGUCAUCGUCCGACGGAUCCGGGGUGUACGAAUAUAUCCCAUACGAGCCCCGGAGGUAUCCUCCCUCCCAUCACCAUCACCACCAUUCCCAAACGGUAGCCAGUUUCCCGAACCCCGUGGCACCGGAAUAUCAUCACCACCCUCGGCAACAGUCCAACAAUUCCCAACAGUUCCCGUACAAUAGCACGGCUGUCCCGAGCGUCGAUGGCACCGGUGGUUUCGGCCGUUAUCCGGCGAGUUCGAAACGGACGGGAAGUGCCCGUAGUCAAGACCAUCAAGUCGUUUCGGGUAGAAACCCACAUCAUUACAACUACCAUCACAAUUACCACCAUCACUACAAUUACCACAACCACCACCACCAACUACUACAACAACAACAACAGCAGCAGCAGCAACUACAGCCCUCUUGGUCACCGGUAGUGGUGGCUUCUAGUCCUACUACUGCUGCUACUACUACUGCUACUAGUUGCACUACUACUACUACUACUUCCUCCUAUACACUGCCAAACAGUUCUGUGAUCACAAACCUGGAAGCUUCAUACACCGAGUACGGGGAUAGCGAGCAACAGUUGAGUUGCUCAGCUCACAGCAGCAGUAGCACCAAUAGUAGCAGCAGCUAUCGUGCUGGCAGAACCUUCACAAGUCGAACGGCCGAUAAAGUUGCUGCUUCGACGCCGGACGGCACGACGACAGUAACCUCCGCGACGACCACGACGACGACUAUGCCUCCUCACACAAACAAUCCCCACUAUCAGUCGCAACAACAACAGCAGCAGCAACAACAGCAACAACAGCAGCAGCAGCAGCAACCGCAACAGCAGUCACAGCAAGGUCAACCGCCACAGUCACAACAGGUGCAAUCCGGAAAUGCGCCACCAAAUGGCCACAAUGUAGCGGUGAACGUUAGUCGAGGAUCGGGCGAACAGCAGAGCGUUGUUGCUUCUGCCCAUCAACAGAUGUAUCAAUCGCAGCCGAUUUCGGCAGGUUACAUGGCCGGGGGUCCUCACGGGAAUGCUAUGUACCCGAUGCAGGUCAUUCCUCAGCAUCUUCCGGGAAAUGUGUACGUUAGCAAUCUGACAGCCAAUGUGAACGUGCAUGGCUUCAUGCCACACGGAAUGCCGCAGUAUAUGACUGCAACUGGAACUCCCCCGGCACCCUCGGGAGCUUACAUUUCCGGAGAAAUUCCUUCCGGUCAUGAAAUGCAAGUUAUGACCCCUCGGGGUGAUGGUCGCGGAAUGAGGCGAAACGGCCGUAGCAACCGGAUUGGACAUAAUGCCAGACCGCGUGGAGCAUAUGUUCCACAUCACAUCGCACAGCACCAGACUGUGAUGCAACAGAGUCAACCGGGAGGAAUCCAUCAACAGCAAUCUGGACAGCAAGGUCAGGGUCAAGUACCACAACAAGGAGUGCAGCAAUCACAGCAGCAACAAUCACAAAGUCAGGGUCAAAAUCAACAGCAGAACCAACCAUCACAGCCACCUCAGCAACAUACUCCGGACAUCGUGCAGCAUCCCAUGUCCAUGGAGCAUCAACAGAUGAUGAGUCCAGCUCCACCGUAUGGCGGCUACAAUGGAGGAUACUACUUCUAUCCGCAGUUCUACCCGCCCGUUCCGCAAGGACAUCAUCCUUCGGCACAGCAUGCGGCUGGAGCACCAAUUUUCCAAGUCCCCAUGUACUCGGCUGCUCCGGUCUAUAGCUAUUCACCCGGUGUUAUGUAUCAGCAAAUGUAUCAUCCAGAGUAUCCUAUGUAUGACGACAAAGGAGACGAACACAAUCCACAACAACCUCCGGAAGAAGGUGUAAUGCAUUCAGGCAUGUGGCAACCACCGACCAUGCUGGAGUACAAUCCGGAGACCGUAGAGUUUAUCCCACAAGAGGAUGACGGCAGUAUGAUGCAACAGGAGCCGCCUCCAAUGCAGCAAAUGACACACGUACUUGAUCCGAAUGUGCCCAACUUUACGAUGGGACCUACCACACCGAUCCAAACGGAAGAUUACGGAUCAAUGACACCGGCACCGUCAGAUGAAUACAAUGCAAUAAACAACAACGCAAUGAUGUCUCCAGCUGCCAAUCUGAUAUCGUCUCCCUCGUCAAAUGCGUCAUCCCAGAAUAAUUUGAACCAAAAUGACAUGUACCUUGUGCCACAGCCACCUCAACAAGAACCUCAACAUCAUCAUCAACAUCAGCAACAUCAGCAGCAUCAGCAACAUCAGCAACAUCAGCAGCAUCAGCAACAUCAACAACAUCAACAACAUCAACAUCAAGAACAACAACAGCAACAACAACAAUCGCAUGCUCCGCUAAUGGAAAUGCCUCAAGAAUCAGUCAUUCAGCACGAACAGCAACAACCAUCACCGAUGGUGGAUCAUGAGAACAACUACAUCAUCGAACAGCCGCAGCAACCACAAUACAAUCAACCAAUGUCACCACCGCCCCCUCAACACUCACACAUUCAUGCCCAAGUGGCACCUCCGAUGGAGAGCAACUAUAAUUCGGAACGACCACCGGUACAAGCACAAAUUCAGGAACAGACAUCAAUGUCAAUGCAAACCAUUGUCCAAGAUACAAUGCCAACGCCAAUGCAACAACCUGUGCCGAUUCCCUCUGCAGUCGCAACAGUAAUAUCUCCUACACAAAUUCCAGUUCCAUUACCGAUAACAAUAACCCAUGUCCCUCCACCCCAGCUCAACAAACCACCUCCGCCGAUCCCGGUUGAAUUUCUGAAUAUGGAAAAACAACAACUACUACUACAGCAACAACAACAACAACAACAACAACAACAACAACAACAACAACAACAACAACAACAACAACAACAACAACAGCAGCAACAACAACAACAAAACCAACAACAACAACAGCAACAACAACAGCAACAUCAACCAAUCGCUAACGAUAGUAACAACAAUCCGAAGAAAAAAACCAACGAGGUUGCGUCGGUGGCCACUCCGGCCAUCGUCGCCGUAGACAAGACCAGUGAAACGUCCACGAAUAGUAGCAAACCAGUGCCAAAUCAGCAACCGCAACAACAUCAUCAUCAACAACAGCAGCAGCAGCAGCAUCAUCAGUCGCAAGUCUUUGUAAAUAGUAACAAGAAUCAGACCUCAACCGACGAAGUAGCAAGACUAACUAGGGCAGUUCAGGAUAAAUUCGUCUUCAAAGACGAUCGUCGCAAUGGCCCCUACCGUGGCUCCAAUACCUGGGCUAAUUCGGGUUCGCAACCACCGGCCACCACAAUCUCUUCGUUUACGUCCUCUACGACCACAGUUGUACAGCAUAAUAGUAGCCAACAGAAGAAGACCACCGCGUCGGUUUCCGUAUCAGCCAUUCCGAACAAAGAAUUCCCCAUCAGUAGCAGCAACUCGUCGGGUCCGUCGGUCACUAGUUCUACUAAGCCUUAUCAGAAAAAUACCUCGCCCGUUCCGUUUACCACUCUGGGAACAACGUCUGCUCCUCCGUCGAUGCAUAAGCAGCCACUAGCACCGCAGAAAUCCUUCAGCAGCUCCACCGAACACCACCACUCCAUCCCGGUCAAUCCAGGUCCGGUCAUGGAGUCCAAAAAAGUGGAAGCUAUUCCCCAACGUGACAUCCAGAUAAAUACCCCUCUUCCACCGCCAGGUCCGCCGCCGCUUCUGUCGGUGCCACCUCCGCAGCCUCCGUACACUCAGGGACCAAUCAUCGUUCCGACACCCUACGCACCGCCACCACCGGUAACGACAGUCGCAGCUGCUCCCGCUGCCAAGUCCUGGGCCAGUCUGUUCAACUCAUCCUCCUCGUCUAGUGGGUCCACUCCGCCGUCGAGCAGCAUCGUCCAACCGAUUGCAACACCAGUCCCGGUAGCACUGGCCGCUGGUCCCGCCCUCCCAACACCAUCCCCUUUCGCGCCCAGUUUCAUCCCCAAUUUGCAACGCGGUAGCCAAUCGUCUGCGACUUCGACGCAAUCAACCGAUGCACCCCCACCAACGGUCGCAUUGAAGAAACCGGUCGCCAAGGUGCUGCCCUUCGACAAAAACAAUAGCGGUGGCCCAGCUACGUCGGCCAUGUCCUACUCGGCUGCCUCGGCCCAAGGUCUUCCAUCUGCUGGCCAUACGACCUCCUCGACCUCCACAAGUGCCUCGGCAGCCAGUGCCAGCGCUGGCUCCAAAAACAACAAGAACAACGCUGCCGCCCAGGCGCAAGCCGCCGCCGCCGCUGCCAAACCAGAACAACUGGAUGAGAAUACACUCAAACUAGGGGAAUUCCUAAGUGCAUACCAAAUCGAAAACAACAGCAUUAGCAUCCUGCCUCGGGGACUGAUCAAUCGUUCCAACUACUGCUACAUCAACGCCAUCCUGCAGGCCCUGGUGGCCUGUCCGCCGUUCUACCACCUGAUGCGUGCUAUCCGGUCGCUUCCGGCUGCUCGGAACAGCAAACACCAGAAGCCGUUCAUAGAUGCUAUGACCGCUCUGGUGGCCGAGUUCUGCACCCUGCCGCUGCGUUCCAAGGUGCUGCGUGACAAGUCCAAGAAGGACGAAACCCCGGAAAUUCAGUGUGAUUCGCCGAUCGAACCGCUGAUGAUCCACAAAAUGCUGAAUCUUCUCCGGUCGGACAUUUUCCAAGUCGAAGGUCGCCAGGAGGAUGCCGAAGAGUUCCUAGGUUGUGUACUGAACCGAUUAAACGAUGAGAUGAUCGAGUUGAUGAAACUAAGCAAAAACGAAUCCUCCGACGUCAAUGGUGACGAUGCGGCCAACGGAGAAGUCCACCCCGACGAUCAGGACGAUUGGAAGGUCAUCCGUGGAAACCGUAACAAGGGAACCGUCACCCGUACGACCGAUUUUGGCCGAUCGCCGAUGAGUGACAUCUUCGGCGGAAAGCUGCGAUCACGUGUGCACCGCGAAGGCGAUCAUCCCACCGACAAUAUUCAACCGUUCUUCACGUUGCAGCUCGAUAUUGAGAAAGCCGCCUCGGUGAAGGAUGCCCUGGACCUGCUGGUUGGCAAAGACCAACUGGAGGGUGUAACCUGUGCGAAGACCAAGCAGGAAAUCGCUGCCUGGCAACAGGUCACCCUGGAGGAGCUACCAAUUGUGAUGAUCUUGCAUCUCAAGUGCUUCGACUACAAGAUGGACGGUUGCACCAAGAUCCUAAAGCCACUAGAAUUCCCGAUCGAAUUGAAAAUCGAUUCAAAACUCAUGUCCUCAAAGGGCAAAUCGUACACUGCCAAACAGAAGCAGUACAAACUGUUUGCUGUGGUGUAUCACGAUGGUAAGGAAGCAUCCAAGGGUCAUUACAUUACUGAUGUGUUCCACGCUGGUUACGGUAGCUGGAUCCGGUACGACGACAGUACGGUCAAGCCCGUUUCGGAGAACAAUGUACUGCACCCCAAGUCACCGCGGGUGCCAUACUUGCUGUACUAUAGACGGCUCGAUACGCACUAUCACGGGGGUGGUGGCGGUAGUGGUGGUGGUGGUGGUGUUGGCAGCGGUAGUGUUGCUGGUGCAAGUGUUAGUUCCGGACCCGGAACUACCGGUUUUGGUACCGGAACCAGUGUCAACACAAUCAGCACCAACAGUAGCAGCAGCGGCAGCAGCAGCAUCAGCAGCAGUGGUGGCAAUAGCAAUUAUAGUUCUAGUGGAAUUAGUUAUAGUGCAACUACUGGCGGACACUACGGCGGUGGUUCCAAGUAAGCAAAAGUGGAUAAUCGAACAGUUUGUAUAGUUUUUAUAUCGGUUGAAAACGGACAACCACGAUAGUGUGCGCGAGAGCUGUUGUACGGAAGAACGUAACGAAAAAGGACGUUUUUAUCUUUAUCUAGUUUUUAGUGUCGGUCGUUGAUAAGUGCGUGAGUGGCUGCGAUUAUGUGGUGUGUUGUGUGAAACAUUUGCGUUUUUUUAAGUCCUAGGAUAUAUCUGUGUGCGGCACAAGCGGACGUUGAUAACGGCGCGAUAAAAUCGUGUAGGAUCAACGAAAAAAAGAAAAGAAAGGAAAACAUCAAACGUUAGCUCGUAGGUGCAAGAAAGGUUGUUGUUUGCGUAGCUCCUAUUACGAUACAUUUUUUUCUUCUUCAGUUUGUUACUCUAUUAUUAUAUUAUCACUCUUUUGUUUUUUUUUUGUGUGGGAUUUAUCGAUACUCUUAUUUAAGUUCCUCCUGAUAAAAUAUCCUUCUAGUGUUAGACAUAACGAAGCAGUUUCUGUACUCAGAACUCAAUUUACGGAAGAACUUUUUUUUUUAUUUAAUGGUACGUACAUAUUAGCAACAAGGCUUGGGAGAGAGUGGAGCAGUGAAAGUAAUACGCAUUCAGUCUAGUUUCUCAUAUAUAAAUAGUGAUUGUUUUACUAGGGAAAGCUUUGUAAUAGUGAUGUUUUCGAUUUAAUAUAAAUUGUAUCAGUCGAUGACUAUUGGUUGCACAUUGUUAACGAUGCUGCUGUCCUCGGUGGCGAUUAGAUGUCGCUGGACGCCAUAAGUGUGUUGGUCGAAGCUGCUGAAAGCCUUCUGCCGGCAUGCUUAUGGCGUUGGAAUAGAGCAAAGUGAAGGGUUGAAAACGUUACGGAGGCGAAAAAAGCUUGUUUUUUGGGUUGAUUUCCAUUUUUAUAACGAAAUAAUUUUUAAUUAGGCAUUCGGCUUGUAAGCUAAUCAAGAACCAAUAUAUACACACAUACAUAGAACGCAUAUGAGAAAAGAAAAUUUAACCUUCUCACUGUUAGAUAGGUAGAGAAUGGUAAACAAGCCAAGCAAAGGAAAAAUAACGCAAGCGGAUAAAAUCCCAGUUAGCAGCAGCAAGUCCGAUUGCUCAGGGUGAUGGUUUCCGUGCGUUCGACUUGGCAUGGCAAUCAUCACCGAAUUGAAAACUUAUGUCAAGUAGAAAACCACAUACAUUUAAGCGAAGGAAAGCGAUUUUCCGUAUAUUAUUGCUAUAUUGAAAAGUUGAAUAGAAUAAUCCCGCUACUCUUGGACGUGCGACCGAGAGAGAGAGAGAGAGAGGGAGAGGUAUACAAAGAGUAGCGGGUAGUGGUGUGCAUGUAGUUAGCGCUUUCCCCCCACCCAACUAGACUGUCGUGGAGGAAGUUGUGGAUUGCCCACGAAGAGUCUCAACUGUGUGUUUGCGUGUAAAUAGAUGUUUCAGAAACUAACAAAUUAAUGCAACAAAAAAGUCUGUACAUAGAAGAUAGCGGUUGGAGAAAUGAAAAAAAGCGACUAGGUUUAUUCUAUUAAUAUUAACUAGGUAGUGCUUUGGAGAGGGUGUUAAUGAUGAAAAAUGCAACGGCCAGGAGCGUCCAAUAUGGUUACUACUAUUCUCGAUACCCUGAUUGGUGGAAACAGAAAUCAGGUCACGGGAAUCUAAUUUGCCGGCGGAAAGACAUUGCGUUUUCAUGGUUAGAGAUCUAAAAUAAAAACAAAACAAAACAAACAAAAAAAAAUGGAGAGGGAAUGUAAAGGAAGACAGUGUUAGGAUUUUUAUUUGGAUCGUAUAAAUUCCAACCCGUGACAGGAGUAAGGUAGCCACUUGCACCACAUUCUACAAGAAUGGUCGCAGUUUUAGGUUUUUCGUUUUGAAUUUGGAAGGAAGCCGACAAUGGGAACUGUAAACUAUUAGCAGCAAAAACAAAAUGUGGCAAAAUGGAAACCGGUAUGUGUACUCUAGUUUUAGCGUGUUCUCUGGUAAGGCGUACUGUGUAUAGUCAUUGUAGAACGUUUAGGACGUAAUCAUUAUUUAGCGUGAAAGUGAAGUAAUAAAGUAAUACAAGAAAUAUGUAUAGGUAACUUAUCCUCCCGUUAUGAUGGUACAUAGAAACGAGAAGUUUUGUUUAUGUUUUUCUGUUUGUUUUAAUUUGCGACGGGUAUGAUUUGGAAAGGAGAACAGGAUGUGGCAAGAGCCGAGUGCGGAUGGGUUGGAUUUUUGUAAGGUUGAUUGGAAGGUGUUAGAGUAGAUGUCUUCUAAAUAUACUUCAAGGAAUAUUCAGAACAAACUUAAGACAGUCAGCUUCCUGGAUUCAAAGUGUUGCAUGUGAAUAACAAUCUGAAAAGACCAAAAGCAGCAGAAGGCCGCAGAGGAAGGACGGCAACAAGGAAAUGUAAAGAUGAAAAUUUUAAUCGUAUUGGCUGUGUAAAAAGGUGGUAGGCUGAAUAGGUAAAAAACCAUGUUAAGGAAGAUUACUACCGUAGAAGCCCGUUUGUUUGAAUAGCUACGCAGGUGCGUAACGCAAUUGGGGCACCUUUGUAGCACCAGUUAAACAAAUUCCGUAUGCACUGCGUUUAAAUGCGAUAUGAGCUAUUAAAACUAACAGUGGUCUACACGGUAACCGCAAAAAACUCUUUUAUAACUAUUAAGUACGAAGGUAAACGGGACUACCUAUAAAAUGAUUAAAAUUUUACGCAUUUAUGAGUAUCUGCUAGUACAAAAAAUAGUAAACAUGAUUCAUUUAUGACUAACAGAUACUCAUAAAAGGUGUAAAACAUAUAAACAUGUUUGGGGUAGUCCCGUUUUCCCCGAAUAUGCAUACUUUGAGUCCUUUAUUGUCAUUAUUGUGUAUUUUGCAUUUUCCGUGUACGGUAUUAAUUUCAGAAAAUAUACCAACAUUUUAAUGCAAAGCUAUCAAUAAUUUUGUAGUUGACUACUUGCAAGGUUGUUUGUUAUAAAUUUCCCUACCUUUUUAAAUUAAUAAGGUAGAAAAAAAACCUGUUUUCCAAAAGGUGCGGCACGAAAUGCCCGAACUGAAUUCACUCGAAAGAUUUAGGUUUUAGGAGAAAUAGUAAAACGCCCAUGGCUGGCAAAAUGCAUCCCUCUUAACCCUUUAUAACGCCGAGGAAAUAAAGCAUGACAUCGACACGUACUACAAUAAAAGAUAAAGUUCAGAUGGUGUCAUUACAAAUUCAAUUUUGUUUUAGAAAAAAGUACUCAAAAAUAAUGUAUGAAACAAUUGGGUUCAAAUUUUGGUAAUUUUCCAAAAAAGUUCUAAAAUGUGUGAUUUUUCUGGUCGUGCGUCAAAAUUCCUAAAAUCUUGGCAGCUGAUUGAUCAAAUAUUCAAGGUUUAUGUGUAAAGUUUUGGGCUUGAUUGUAGGAAUCUUUCGGAAGUUAGAGGAAUUUUAGUAAACCUCUUCAUUUGUGAGCACCCAUUUUCAAACUGCCAUAUUUUUACGGAUAAUGAUCAUCGUUAAUUUGGCUUCUAUUUUACUAAAUACGUUCAAUACGAAUAUAACUUAGUAAUAGUUAUUUUUUCUGAUAAUAAAAUUGCCGUUUAUUGACACAAAUGUUGCUUUCAAAUUGUCUUUUUUAAUUUGUUGUGACUUUAAAAUGUAAGGAGUGUUGACGAAUACCAGAAGAUAGAUAUUGUGAGUCAACAGAAAAAAAAUAUAGUUGCUUUAAAAUGAAGUAGAGUUUUGUUUUCUUUCAUGCAACAUGCAUCACUUCCAUAACGCCUAGCUAGUCGCGAAACGAAAAUGAAAAGAAGCACCAAAGCACACUUAGAACGAAAGGCAGGCUAUGGAUUUUCACAUCUUUGCUUUGCUCACUCCUUUCAAUGGCAGUAUCGUCGAUUUUCGAGUUGAAACGAAGCCUCAUUGGGGCUUUCAAUUCCUUUCACCGACACUAUGUCACCUGCUCUUUCAAUUUGUUUAAUAUGCGUUAUGUCCCGUUUUCGUUACUUUUUUGUUAGAUAAAUAUUUGGAUGGAAGAUGAAUUAAACAUAUUAAUCAAUAACAAUGUCAUCUUCAAGUGUUUUCAUGUGAGAACUGCUUUAAGUAUAUAUUUUCAUAUUCCGUCAUAUACCUACGUCAUAAAACCGCGGAUGAUUUCACUCGUCCGCUUCAUCGAAGUAUGAAAAUCGAAUGAAACGACGGGAGAAAGAGACACCAACGAUUGAAAAUUUGUUUUUAGACGCCGACUGUGGUGCUAGAAUGAUGAGAAGCUGCUCGACUUCAACAGGAAAGAGAGCUAGCAGUCUCUUCGUCGCAUCGAUUUUCACGAUGAAGCCAAUGCUUUAUAAAGGGUUAAUCCUAGCUACUACACUGCAGCAAAACUUCACGAUGUUUAAUAAAGAUAUCGCUUUGAAAAAUCCAACGAAAGUUUUGUGUCAAUGAUUUUCAUAUGAUCAUCCUUUAAAAUACAUAUUUCGGAGAACAGUAGCCACCUGGAAAAAGAUACGUUUUAUAUGAUUUUCCAAUAGCGCAAUUGUAUAUGAAAAUCAUUGCAUUUUACGUGUCAUUUUCGUUCAGUGCAGCUGAUACGAUGGCGAAAAUUUGCUGCCACUAAGGCCGUUCGCAAUGCUGAGUUUCAACAUUUUUUCAAACUACCCGACAGUUUUAAAAUUUGAAACUGUCAAAAAUGAAACUGCAACAUGAUCAACGCAACGCACAGUUUUAAAAGGUGUUUGAUAUUCAUCUCUACAUAUGUGUGCGUGUGCCAAUUUUGUUUUAUUUUAGUACAAAUGAAGAAAGUGAAUGUGAUUCAAGAAUAAUCCCUAGAACAAGAUGGUUACAGCUACGUAAUCCAAGUAACGAGUUCGAACCACGAGAAAAGGUCCCGGACGAUUUUGCUGUCAAAACAUACUGAACCAGGAUGACUUGGAAAAAAUAUCCAGUGAUGUGUUUGGAGACCUAUGAGCACCUGAAGGUCUUUACAAUAAUUUCUGAGACUGAUGAUAUCAAAUGAAAAUCUCUGAAAUACGGUGUUUGAAUUAUUGAACAGUUGAAGAUCAUCCUGAAGUAUUGCAAACAUAUCCUGAUAAGAUUUUUGAGACCUGUGAGCACCUGAAGGUUUUUUAAAUAAUUUCUGAGACACCUGAUAUCACAAGAGACGGUAUUUGAAUGUUGGGCAGUUAAAGAUAGUUGAUCAUCCAGAAGUAUUAACAAAAUAUCCAAAGAAUUUUUUGGUGAGCUGUUCUGAUCAGAUCUGAUCACCUGAAGGUCUUUGGUAUAAUUUCUGAGUCACGUGGUAUCAUAAGAGAAUAUCUGGAAUAUUUUGGAAAAAUUUGGAGCUAAUUUAUUUGCUCGAUCAAUUUGUCGACUCCGAACAAUCAUAGAAUGAGAUUUCGUUUCGUCACCUCGUUUUCCCCUAGCCGUUUGCCAUCUGUCAGAUUAGCAGCUCCACAAAUAUAUCCAUAGAAAUUUGAGACAGAGUUGCAUU